UCAAAUUUUUGUAGAAAAACAAUAGAAUCAAUAGUGUCACAUCGAAAAACAUGCAAAAUCUUUUUGGCCUGUAAUAAAUUUUUAGUAUGUCUCACAUAUAAUUCAUAAAAUGAGUUACGUUAAUAAGCAAUCAUCCGAAGAAAAAAUCGUCAAUAAACUAAUAGGUAGUAAGAUACAUAAACGAAAGGAGAAACCAAUACAAACGCCACAAACAAAAACUAAUUCUGUAUCAUUUUCGGUAUCAUCGAAUACAUACGCAUCACCACUAUUUGCUAAAACCAUAAAUCGUAAUGCAUUAACGACGAGCGAAUACCUUAGUUUAUUAGCAAAACCAAAGCAGGUCGUGGAACCAGUCAUGACUAACAAUAAUUUAAAGCAAGUACCCACAAAAAAAAGGAAAAUAGUAAACUAUAAUUGGAAUGAUUAUACGAUAACAAUACCGAUAUCAAAAUUAUAUUUCUUGUUAAAAGAUAUUUCUAUGUUUACGAAUGAAGAAAUCAAACAUUUCUUUAAGACUUUACGUGAUUCGGAAGAUAUAAAAAUUAAAAGAAAAGUAAUAAAUAAGAAUCAAAAUAAGGAUACACCAUUGAAUUCGCAAAAAUCCUCAUCCACAAAAUAA